AAUCGCUGAUUGGCCAAUCGGCAUGAGAAAGCUACAUGUACACGAAGUGCUGAAAGAUCUUCAAAACAUUUCUUGAGAAAAUGGUCAAGUUUCAUCGAUAACGGGAGUGUGACAAGAUGAUGCUUUCAGGCCCGAUUCCGACCGACCCUGGCUACUCUCGGUCAACAGAGCGACGUUCAAGCUGGUCAGCCGAGUCAAGUCGACCAGUCCCUAGAGUAAGGCCAGAAGCAGAGGAUAUAGCUACCAAGGCCAAGGGUAGUGUUGGGAACCUGCUUGUUACAGGAGAGAAUGUCUACAGACCGCCAACAAGACAGAAACCUCAACCCAAGGAUUUCAGUAAAGACAAUGUGAGACGGAUGAGACAAAUACAGUCACAGAGUAGAAAGAAACAGCGAGAGGAGGUCAUUGAAAAGAAUAAACCAAUGAAGGUGCUACCGCAGUCUGAGAAGUACAAGGUUGUUCCUUCGAAAGUCACAGAAAACCUCAAGAAAUCACCACCUCCUCCCAGGCCAGCUUCUGCAAACUACUUGAGAUCACACAGUCGAACAGGAGCUGUCUCAAGGGGGCGCUCUCCGAGUCCUGCUCCCCGCCCAAGUAGUGCUGCAUCAGAGGUCAGUCUUCACAUAGAUGGAAAUGCACCUAACUUCAUUGCACACAAUGCCAAGCUGGCCAAGAAAUCAAAACCCCAGAGACCCCCCUCAGCCCAGGCACUCGACUCGUUACAAAAGAAAAGAGAGGGGGAUAUGGAGAGAUACAAGAGAGGCCAAACCCCAAAGUACUUACAAACCAGGCAGAAACAAUGGCAGAGAGAUGAGGAAGAAAGGAUAAGAAACACACCUGAUCCUGACAUGCCGCCGGGUCAUAAGAAAAUGGCGGAGGAAGAGAGGAUUAGAACAUUAGAGAUUCUUAAAGAGAAGGAGAAAGACCUCCAAAGCAGUCUGUUGAAGUUCCCUCUAGCGGUUGAAACCCUACGAGCAAAGAACCAGAAGGCGGAGAUUGAAAACAGGCUGGCUGAGGUUGAAGAGGCAAUUAAGAUAUUUUCAAGGCGGAAAGUCUUCGUCAAAGUGGACAGCUAGAAUGAACUAUUCAGAGACUAUCCAUGAUGUACCUUUAGUGAGUGAGCAUGGGAGAGAGAAAGA